AUGUACAAUUUCAGGGAUGACUUACCAGACGGCGGAGCGGCACAUAUUGCACAGACUGUUCGGAUGAUCAAAAGCCAGAACGCGAAGAUCCUCGUCGAGUGCCUGGUGCCGGAUUUUGCUGGAAACCUUCAUUGUGUUGAAGAGAUCUGCGACUGCGGCGUCGACGUUUAUGCGCACAACAUAGAAACCGUCCGGCGCCUUACGCCGUGGGUGCGUGACCCUCGUGCAAAAUAUGAUCAGAGCCUGGCUUGCUUGAAACAUGCAAAGUCGUACAAGAAGUUGAUCACGAAGUCGUCGAUUAUGUUGGGUCUGGGCGAAUCGGAUGAUGAGGUUCUUCAGACCAUGAAAGACCUUCGGCAUAACGGCGUUGACUGCCUGACCAUUGGACAGUACAUGCAACCGACGAAGCGACACCUCUUGGUCAAAGAGUACAUCCAACCGUCCAAAUACGAACACUGGGAGAAAAUCGGCCGAGAGCUCGGUUUUCUCUACACCGCUAGCGGCCCGCUAGUUCGCUCAUCGUUCAAAGCUGGCGAGUACUUCAUGAAGCAGAUUCUCCAAAAGAAGGAUGACUGGUCUUCUACCGAACGAUUCUCUUCUGCGCAGUCGUUGGCAGAUUAG